AUGACGACUUCACCUCACAGCUUUCAGGUGAAAGGUCCCUCCGGUCCUCUGCUUGUUCCUCUGGGAGAUUCAGUGGUUCUGCCCUGUUCUGUUGACUCAUUAUUACCAGUGGAGCUUCUGGAGGUGGAAUGGAGAAGAACAGACUCGGAGACUCUGGUGCAUCUGUUUCAAGAUGGUGAGAGUAGACCAGAGGCCCAGCACCAGGAUUAUCAUGAUAGAGCUCAUUUCUUCACUGAGGAGAUUCAACAUGGAAACUUCUCCCUCCUGUUGAACAGUGUGAGAGCUGAAGAUAAGGGGAUUUACAGUUGUAAAGUUCACAAUGACCAGGAUACUGAUGAAACUUUGAUUGAAAUAAAAUAUGCUGAUCAUUUUAUAGUAUCAGGAUCAAAUCACUCCAUAUCUGCGUAUGUGGGCGAGGACGUCACUCUUAGCUGCUCCGUGAACUCUCACAUCCCACCUGAUGAUAUUGAAGAGGUGUCAUGGAAGAAAACAGAUAAAGAUGAACAUAUCCUGGUUCUCCUCUACCAAGACCUUGAGAUUAAACCGGAUUCAGCACAUGAGCGAUACAGAGACAGAGUUGAGUUCUUCACUAAUGAAAUUCCUAAAGGAAACUUCUCUCUCAGACUGAAGAGUGUCAGAAGCGAGGACAAAGGAGUGUACACGUGUCAAGUGUUUGCUGGAGUUUUUUCAGCCAAUGCAACUGUAGUUCUAGAACAACUGGGCCUUUCUACUUCACACAUAAUGGUGUUGAUUCUCUGUAUUACUGCAUCAGGAUCUGCACUUCUGUUCUGCUGUCUAAUCUACUGCAGAUCAAAAGAUAAAGGUAUGUUCAAAGUGUGA